CUAAUACACUUCCUCCUCCUCAGUCCUAACUAGUUUAACCCCACUGAGAGUGAAGCGCUUCUCAAUGGACUCACUCUCUCUUCUCUGCACCGGAGCCCUACUAGCCGGCGGCCUCUACUGGUUUGUCUGCGUCCUCGGCCCCGCCGAGCAAAAGGGCAAACGGGCCACCGAUCUGUCCGGCGGUUCAAUCUCCGCCGAGAAAGUCCGCGACAACUACAAGCAGUACUGGUCCUUCUUCCGCCGCCCAAAGGAGAUCGAAACCGCAGAGAAAGUCCCAGACUUUGUCGACACCUUCUACAAUUUGGUAACUGACAUUUACGAGUGGGGUUGGGGCCAGUCCUUCCAUUUUUCACCCUCCAUCCCAGGGAAAUCCCACCGUGACGCCACGCGCCUCCACGAGGAGAUGGCCGUCGAUCUCAUCGAAGUGAAACCCGGCGACAGAAUCCUGGACGUGGGUUGUGGCGUGGGUGGGCCAAUGCGUGCCAUCGCGGCCCACUCGCGCGCCAACGUUGUUGGCAUCACAAUCAACGAGUACCAGGUGAACCGUGCGAGGUUGCACAACAGGAAAGCGGGUCUGGAUUCGCUCUGCGAGGUCGUGUGCGGCAAUUUCCUCCAGAUGCCCUUCCCCGCUAACAGCUUCGACGGUGCGUACUCCAUCGAGGCCACGUGUCACGCGCCAAAGCUCGAGGAAGUGUAUGCGGAAAUCUUUCGUGUUCUCAAGCCUGGGGCUCUCUACGUUUCCUACGAGUGGGUCACGACGGAAAAAUAUAGGCCCGAAAACCCUGAACACGUGGAGAUUAUUCAGGGGAUUGAGAGAGGGGAUGCGUUGCCUGGGCUCAGGAGCUACGCUGACAUAGCCCAGACGGCUCGGAAGGUGGGCUUUGAGGUCGUUAAGGAGCGGGAUCUGGCUAAGCCGCCGGCUCAGCCGUGGUGGAGCCGCUUGAAGAUGGGUAGGAUCGCCUACUGGCGGAACCACGUUGUUGUCACUGUUCUCGCCGCUUUAGGAAUAGCGCCCAAAGGUACCGUCGAUGUUCAUGAGAUGCUAUUCAAGACCGCUGACUAUUUGACUAGAGGGGGUGACACCGGCAUUUUCACUCCGAUGCAUAUGAUCCUCUGCAGAAAACCCUAUGACACUUGAGGUCGAGGAGCUUCGGGUACCAUUGCAAUAACCUAGCACCCUGUUUCCAGUAUCUCUCUCUUUUUUUUUUUUUUAUAAUUUUUAUUUUCUCUUGGAUUUAACUUAUUGUUAUUACUAUGAACUUGAAGUAAUUUGGUUUUUGAUAUUUCUAAUUUAGUUUUCUUUUUUAAAAUUUUAAUUCCUCUGCUGGGACGGUGGCCGUAUUGAUUGAACACUGAGAAUGUCUCCUGAUAUAUUUUGUUUCAAUGGCAUUUAUUGAGUAGUAGCAUAGAGUGAGCUUUUGAUUGGAAUGAAUUGUCUGGUAUAAGUAUUUAUUAUGGUUAUG